UUUGACAUUUAACAAAUAAAAAUAUUGCAAUUUUGAUUUGCAGAUUUUGUAGAUUUGUGCGAACUUUGUUUAUCAAUUUAUUAUUCAACUUCAUAGAAUCAACAAGGACUAGCAGUAAUAAUACUACCAAAUAAACUAAGGAUUUUAUUCUGAAUACUAAUAAAACUUAACAAAGUUAAGACACCACUAUGGCUUCAGCUGCAGGUUCAGGUGCUGGUGCGGGAGGUGCUGGCGACUGCGAGGGUGAGGAGCAGGAGGACUCUUCCUCCUCUAGUCACUCAGUGUGCGAUGCCACUGAGGCAUUGGAUAAACUGGAACUUGAUGAUGAGAAAAAGAACAUUGACGAGCUGACAGUGUUCCGUGAGCAAUGGCAACGCGAGCUGGAGUCCACGCCGUCCCCGCACAAGGAGAGCCAGCCGCCCGAGCCGGCUCAGCCGCGGGAACCAGCGCCACCGCUCACCGACGAGGAGAAGGCCAAGCAGCUAUUUAUUCGCGGCGUGGAACUGGAGCGUGGCGGCAAGCUGUAUGAAGCCAUCCAGCACUACAAGCGCGCCAUACAGAUCCUGCCCGAUGUGGAGACACGACUGUAUGAAGGCUCUGAACUGAGGGCGGACACGCCGGAAGAGGAAUAUGAAAUCGAGGAAGUGUGUCACUCUGAACAAGCGGAGGACAGCGAGGAUGAAGAUGCGGUGGAGGGUGAGGAGCUGGUGGCGCGGCUGCAGAGGAUCCUCACCAGGAAGGGCCAUCUGUUCCAGCCGGAGUAUCACAGCAAGGGCGCUCACAUCUCCUGGCUGCCGUACGAGGUGGUCCAGCUAGUGUUGCGCUGGGUGGUAGGAGCGGACAUGGACGCAGGGUCCUUGGAGCGCGCCGCCGCGACCUGCCGCGGCCUGUACGUGGCGGCCAGGGAGCCCGACCUGUGGCGAUGCAUGUGUGUCAAGACGUGGGGCAUAGACUGCGGCACUCCCCGCGCCCACGGCUACGCGAACUGGCGGCACAUGUACAUCGAGCGGGCGCGGCUCAACCUCAACGGGUGCUACAUCAGCAAGACGACCUACUUGCGCCACGGCGAGAACAGCUUCCAGGACCACUUCUACCGCCCGUGGUACCUCAUUGACUACUACCGAUACCUGAGGUUCUUCCCUGAAGGGCUAGUGUUGAUGUGGACCACGGCGGAGGAGCCGGCGGCCUGCGUGGGCCACCUCAAGUACCGCGAGACUAAGAACAGCCUCGGCAUCAUGUCCGGACACUACCGCCUGGUCGGAGACACGGUGGUGAUAUUGAUAAAGAAGGCGGUGAGCGAGAAGACGCCGGCCUCGAACACGCGGUUCCGCGCGCGCCGCAAGGAGGCGCAAGAGCCGCACGAGCAAAUUUUCCAGCUGGAGCUGCAGGUGUGCACGGUGCGCUCGCACCGCAACUGGCAGCUGGUGUGGCGCCGCUACGCCGUGUCCACGCGCCGUGACCAGUGGAGCGCCUUCGAGCUCGCGCCCAGCAAGUUCCCGCCCUUCGCCUUCAGCACCGUGCGCAACUACACGGCCGAGGCGCACGCGCCGCUGAUGCAGACCUGCGCCUACUAGAUGUAGAAAGCUGUGCAAAUGGAAUUUUUUUGAUCGCUGUUUUAAUUUUUAAAUUAGAUCAUAAGAGUUGUUACUCACAAAACUGUGGCUUUUAUUUUUUUAAGAGAAACAAAAUUAUUUGUCAGAAAAGCUGUUUUGGAUUUAGAUACAUUUUUUUUGUAUAAUACUAAGGAUAUUAAAUUUAAGUCUAGUCUUUGACCUUAAUGUAAAAAUAAAUAUGUAAGUAAAAAAUAUAUUAUGUAGAACUUGUCACAAGGCUUGAGAAAAUGAGCUUUCGUUUCAAUGAAAAUAAAAAGAAACUAUGUUAUUUUUAGCUCUAUCGUCGAAUAACUAAAGAGUGAAUUUGGGGUUUUGACAGUUUUUGUAUUAAGAUCUGGCAAAAUGUCAAAUUUAUUUGUCAGUUAAAGUUUAUUUGGCGAUUAAAAAAUUGGCGAUUUGUUGAAUAUUUAUUAAGUAUAAAAACUUUUAUUCUUACAAACUUUACUUUUACAAUAAGUAUUUUUUUUAACAUUGAAAACUUCACUUUGCUUAAUUAAUCCUAAAUUGAAGAAAGAAUAUUUUGGACAUACUACUACUACUAUAUUAUCUAAUACUAAUUUAUACAAAAUAUAAUAAUAUUAUGGUUGUGUAAAAAUGUUGUACUUUUGAUUUUUUUACUUGUUGAACUGUUGGAGUACAAAAAAUAGAGUGAAAGCACACGCAUUAAACACAUACGCAAUACGCAGAGUGGGUAUCGUAUUAGGCGUUGCCCUAAUCUAUGCUUUCAAAUUAUUGUAAAAAAAAGUAAAAAACUCAAAGACGGAAAAGAUAUAUUAGGAUAAACAAAUUAUAUAAUAUUUUUCCUAUUUAUAAGCAACUUAAUGUCUACUAAGCAAAUCGGAAAUAUUUUAGAAAUAUUCGAUUUAUUUAAGUCGUGAGCCUCUGCUUUUAGGCUCGUGGCAGAUUGCAGCAAAGUCGAAGCGAAGUUUUAACGAUUCAUUCAGUGACUAAGGAGCACAGCUCCGUAACUAGUAAGUCUAGCUGUAAACGCUUAUAUCUGCAAAGCUGACCGCUCAACACAGCACGUGCUUUUCACUUUAACACUGAAAAUGCGAAUGACAUAGUUUUUUACCUCCUUUGUCUACAACCGGACCGCAUGCCACCGCGCCGUAAGCGAUUUCACCCUCACCACUUGGGUGCCUACUGCCUGGUACAUUUCGACCGCCCGAACUGGAAUCAACUCCUAUGGACAGUGUUCCCACUUUAUUUUAACAUGGGGUUAUUCAAGGGGUGAAUCAACAAAUGAACAAAUUCCUGAAAGGGCUGGAAAUGGUCCUUCUACUGUUGCAAAUGUUUAUGAGCGGCGAUAAUCACUUAACAUCAGGUGACCUGUCUGCUCGUUGAUCGCUAUUUUUAUAUUAAAAAUAGUAGGUAUGUCACGUCAUUCGCAUCUUUGGCGCUAUACGAUGGAUCGUUGCGUGUGAGGCUAGGCGUCGAUUCUUAUGUUUUUCUCUAAACUAAUUUUAGAGUAUCUGCAUCCUUUUUAAUAUUGCUAAAAAAGGUCGGAAAAUGUAUUUUAAAUUUAAAACUUUAAAUUUUGGCGUACUCUACAAAAAAGAAUAGGCUAAUGACUAACAGCUAAAGACACGAGGUUUGACAGUUCUAAAUUAAAUUAGGUUUAUCUGUCCUUUUCUCAUUACAUUGGUAAGAAAAUGAUGCGAAUACUCUAAAAUUUAGAAGCGCUCAGAAUCUUAUCGAUAGUUAUCUUUAAUCAGAUUAUACUCUGAUUUUCCAAUCGUCGAAUAACUUUUAUUUGAGGAACGAAUUUGAGGUUUUGACAUUUUUCCUAUAGGGAAUCUGUCAGAACGUCAAUUCCCCACAUAAAAGUUAUUUGACGAUUGAAAAAUCGGCCCUAAUUUAUUAAUUUAGAGGUAUUUGUAAUGUUCGUUAAGCUAAUACAUUACAGUGAUGCUUUGUCGAUUAAUUUGUGAUUUGUCUGUUAUUGUUUGUUAGAUUGGACAGUUUGAAUAAUUACGGCGCGUUUCCAUUGCUGUGCACGGACACGGUGAACGUCAGUUUCGUCUAGCGAUGGGCAUGAUUACUAAUUUUAAAUUAUUUUCAUGUGGUGAAAUUAUUAUUUUUGAUAACAAUGAUUUCACGGGCCAUUUUUUUCACGGAAAGUGAUUAUUAACGGGAAGUGAUUUUUCAAUUUUCGCACUUAAAAUCGUUUGCUACAUUGAUUAUAAAAAAAAUUCGGUUCUGGGUUCUAAUUAAUUAUUUAACUAGCAAUUAUGAUCAAGACUAAGUCUUGAUAUUUCGCAGGUUGUUCUUCACGGAAAAUGAAUUUUCGCACAUAUGAUUGUAAGAGUGAAAGUUCGCUUUUCUACAUGAAAUUCUGAUGAUUCUUUGCUACAUGAAUUGAACUAGAUUUUUCCCUACUCGAUCUAACACGCAGGUAUCUGCGUGUUAGAUCGAGUGUUCUCGCUCACGUGCUCUUUAGCUCGGGUCGAUGAUGUUGCGCGCGCUUUAUUAAAACAAUAAAGCGCGAUUCAAUGUAAUAAUUUUCAAACUUUAUGUGGUUUUGCUUUGUGGUUUUCCACAGGCUCUCUGAGAAAUGGUCCCUCUACUGUCGUCGCUCGGCCAAUUUUACAGGCAGCGAAUGAUAUCUAUGCUUUCAUUCAAAGCAAAUGCGUCCAUGCGCAGCAAUGGACGUUCGCGUUUAUGCUUUUGUAACUAUAUUUUUGGGCUAUACUUAAUAAAGUUCUUAUAUUA